AAAGAAGUGCUCCCAAGGAGAAUCGCAUCUCGGUUUAGUUGUAUAGUUUAUACUUCUGAAAUCUCUCUCUAUAUCUAUAACUCAUCACCACCAGAUCUAGACGUGAAAAAUUGAGUGUUGUAUUUAUGUGCCUCCCUGAGGGAGAGAGAGACAGCCAGAGCUCGAUGGCGCUGGAAGCCGUGGUUUUCCCUCAAGACUACCCAUUCGGCUAUGGCGCUGCCAAGGAUCUCUAUCCCCUCUGGCCCUUCCACGACGAUUUCAACCUUCACAAACAGGAAGACCACCACGACGGCUUUCUCAAUCUUCUUGACGACCAAACAGAAAAUUAUGGUUUCGGAGACUGGACUAAUAUUUGCUCUUCUGAACUGCAUCUCCCGAAUCGCGCGUCCUCCGACACCAGUAACAACCCGACGCCCUCGUCGGAAGCCCUUCAAGCGGAUUCCUCGAAUUCUCGUCCCAAGAGACGCAGGGCAAGGACCCGAAAGAACAAGGAGGAGAUCGAGAACCAGAGAAUGACGCACAUUGCAGUGGAGCGCAAUCGAAGAAAGCAGAUGAACGAGUACCUCUCUGUUCUUCGCUCUCUCAUGCCUGACUCCUACGUCCAAAGGGGCGAUCAGGCGUCUAUAAUAGGAGGGGCCAUCAAUUUUGUGAAGGAGCUGGAGCAGAGGCUGCAGUUUCUGGGGAGCCAGAAAUCUGAGAAGACGCCGUUCUCAGAGUUCUUCACGUUUCCGCAGUACUCGACGAGUCCGAGCGGGAGCGGGGAGAGUCCGAUGAUGACGGGGGGGGCACCGUCGGGGACGUGCAUCGCAGAUAUAGAGGUGACGAUGGUGGAGAGCCACGCGAAUCUGAAAAUAAGGUCAAGGAAGCGACCGAAGCAGCUGCUGAGGAUAGUGUCGGCGCUGUACAGCAUGCGUCUCACGAUCUUGCAUCUCAACGUGACCACAACCGCCGAUAUCGUGCUCUACUGCAUCAGCGUCAAGUUGGAAGAAGAAUGCAAGCUGGGAUCGGUGGAAGAGAUAGCAGGAGCAGUGUACAAAACGCUGGAGGGGAUGGAACAAGAGUGCGGGGUGCAGAAUCAAGACCCGACUGGUGUGGGGUAUACAUAAUUUUGUUAAAAGCUGGGGCGAACGAGUGAUGAAUCAAACAAGUGGGAGUUGAGUCUCAUGGGAGAGGGAGGCUGUAGGAAUGGGGCUGGAGGCAGACACAGAAAGCGAGGGUUGGUCAAUUCUGUUGUGCCUGCCUGCCUUCUUUUCAUGGUGGUAGGCCCUCAUCUUCGCUCUCUUCUUCAAUAAAUUCCACCUUCCAACCCCCCCACCCCUUUUUCUUCCCUCCACCAAAAUGUUCAUUCUCAUCAGCUUCUCCCUCUUCUCCUCGUGUGAAUUCCAAAUCACUCGCGAAAUAUAAUUUAACUUUUUUUAUGUUAUUUUAUAUUUUUAUUCAUGUGUAUUAUCAAUCACUGAUAAUAAGUUGAGGAUUUUCAAGUAUUAAAUUAUUUACUUUCUGAA